GGCUUCAAUUAAUUAACCCUUGGUUCUCCCUGUUCGCCCUCCCCUUUAUCUCCUGGUCACUGCUCACCUCCCCCCCUCUGAUCGUACUAUUUAACUCUCAGUUGCUUGCGCUUUUCUGGAAAAAGAUGAUCUGAUCCCUUUCCCCUUCCCCACCCAGGAAUCAAUAUUUCUCCAUUUGCACCGCCAAUCUCACAUUAUUAAUCCUGCACUCACCCCUUUCUCCCACGGACACUAUGCUGUCUCAUACCUAGGUUUUUAUCCUUGCACGCUGCUUCUUUUCCCUUAGUUUCUCUCCCUUUUCUGAACGCUAGAUAGCAGUCACAGGCCCUCUUCCCCUCCCCCUCUCUCUUUCUCUCCGUGCAUGAUAUGCCCCUUCAUCACUCGUCUACCAUCGCUCAAAAGGAAAGCAAAAAAACAAGGCAUUAGUAAAAACCCUAGAACGAGUGCUAGUGAAGAGAUCUAAGCAAUCCCACCUAGUAAGAAGAUGGAUUUGGUUUCAGAGUCAUCAAACCCGAGCUGUGAGAGUGAAGGUCGCGUGACUGCAUCGGCGAGCCGGUACGAGAACCAGAAGAGGAGAGACUGGAACACAUUCUGCCAGUACCUGAGGAACCAAAGGCCGCCGGUGCCGAUGGGGAUGUGCAGUGGCACUCAGGUGCUGGACUUCCUCAGGUACCUUGAUCAGUUCGGAAAGACCAAAGUCCACACCCCGACUUGCCCUUUCUUCGGCCUUCCCAACCCCCCGGCACCUUGCCCCUGCCCUCUCCGUCAGGCGUGGGGCAGCCUUGACGCCCUCAUCGGCCGCCUCCGCGCCGCCUACGAAGAGAACGGAGGCACCCCCGACUCGAACCCCUUCGCCGCUCGUCCCGUUAGGCUUUAUCUGCGCGAGGUUCGUGAUUUUCAGGCCAAGUCCAGAGGCGUUAGCUAUGACAAGAAGAGGAAGAGACCUAAGCCCAAGCCGAACAUCGCUGCCGAUGCUACUAGUGCUACUACUUAGCCGAGAUGAUUGACUCUUCUAAAUAAAAGAAAACAACAACUACAACAGCAACAAAGCAAGGGGAAUCGGCUCACUUCCCUUCGUACGUAUCCUGUAAUAUAUAUGUCCCGAUAAUGUUUUGUGGUGCGCAAUUUUAAUGUGUUCACUUUAUUAUGUCUUGCAAAGACUUGCCACUGAAAUCCUUUGUUCGCGAGUAGUCCAAGAAAUGAUCAUCCGCGAUUGAUAAUUUGUACCCAAUUAAAUGUUAUGCGCAUACAUGUUGUGUAUUACUUGAAAGACACAUGUGCACUCGAUUCUCUGUGUAAUGGAUGUUGCAAUGCCCUCUUGCAAAUUAUUAAAAUUCUCAAUGGAUCUCAA